AUGUGGAAUAGUUACUUGACUCUGAGGGAAAGAACUGGCAAUAUGACUGUAUCUCAAGACGUACCUGGAUGCCUUAUAGAUGAAAGGAAGUGGCGCAAGUGGGUAGAUGAUGUUCUGGUGCAUGUCCUUUCACCAAAUGUUUACAGAACUCCACAAGAAUCAUUACAGGCUUUCAAGUGGUUCUGCAAGGUUGGAAACUGGGAAGAACACUUUGCAAAGUGGGAGCAGUUAUUAGUUAUUUAUGUUGGUGCAGCAGCAAUGUUUUUUUUUUUUUUUUUUUUUUUCUUCAUUGGUAAAAAUUUGAAAAGAAGGCAUCAGUUAAAAGAUGAUGUAAGAGAGUCCUUCUAUGAAGAAGUGAAUGUAUGGUUAAAGGCUUUGAAGAAGAAAGGCACCAAGUUCAUGGGUGGUGAUGAGCCUAAUUUGUCAGAUCUAGCAGUUUAUGGAGUACUGACAGCUGUUGAAGGAUGUGACGCUUUCGAGGACCUCAAAAAUAAUACGAAGGUUGAAUCAUGGUUCAAGAGUAUGAAAGAAACUGUAAAAUUUCAUGGAGGAAGUAAUUUGAUUGCCCAGAGAGUAAAUGUAGCAGAUGCCUAACAUUUUGCAUAAAUAGUCUGCUAUUUAAAAGUAUGAUAUCAACGAGUUCGUACUUAGAGCGUAUUUUUAACAGUAAAUGUUGGCGUGCAAGAAAGUAAACUAUUAAAUAUCGUCGUUUUUAUAAGUAAGUUGUGGGAAAUCUAGCCCUGCUACUUAUUGUAAAUUAUGCUGUAAAUACAAAAGGUUGUAUUAUAAGACUUAUUAUAAUAAAAUUACACUCAGG